GAAGGGACUGAACGGACAGAUGGGACGAACACAUGGUCCAUGUCAAACUCCCCUCCCUGCUUUAAUCUGACCGGUCCGGGGGGGGGCGAGGGAUGAGGGAGGGAGGCCGCCGGGUUUCGCCUCCACUUCUCCCUCUCCUCUCUCCUGGCAGCAGCCGAUACAGCCGCAGAGCGAACAGAGCAGGACAUGGGCAACAAAGCAAGCGGUUCUGCUGCCAGGCGGUGCGGCCGGGGCUCGGGCUGAGGCUCUGGGCUCCAGCCGGACCGGAUCCGCCGCUAAUCCUCUGACCGGCCUGCCGGAGGGCUCCGGCCUCCUGGAGGAUGUGAGGCGCUCUCUCUGGGGAAAAAGCUGCCGGUGCAGGAAGUUCAUGGCCAAAUGUAGAGCUUCGGUGGGCGACGACAAACACAUGAGAGGGACGAUGUCGGCCACGCAGGGGAUGAGCCGCACCAGCGUCUACAGCUACUUCCUCAACAUGGUGGCCUAUCAGAUUUGUUGCUGCUGUGGACCGGCUCCUUGCUCGCUCUGCUGUGCCUUCUGCCCUCCUGUCAAAUCGUCCACCAGCACGCGGGUCAUGUACACCCUCUUCCACAUCAUGAGCUGCGCCGUUUCCUGCCUCAUGUUGUCCCGCACCGUCUCUGAGCUCGUCAGGGAAAAUGUGCCUUUCUUCAACGUGGUGUGCGACCAGGCGCACGGCGGAGGCCACUGUGAGAUGCUGGUGGGAUACUCAGCAGUCUACAGAGUCUGCUUCGGCACUUCCUGUUUCUACCUGAUGAUGGCGAUCUUCCUCAUCGACGUCAAGUCCAGUCAGGACUUCAGGGCGCUCAUACACAACGGGUUUUGGUUUUUAAAGUUCAUCACCUUGCUUGGGAUGUGCACUGCUGCCUUCUUCAUCCCGACAGAAUCCUUCCUGCACGCUUGGCAUUAUGUUGGUGUGGUGGGAGGGUUUGCCUUCAUCCUCAUCCAGCUCAUCCUCAUCACGGCGUUUGCUCACACCUGGAACAAAAACUGGUUGACGGGAGCAGCAGAAAACAAGCGCUGGUACCUGGCGGUGAUGUGCGCCACGCUCUUCUUCUACACCAUCGCCACCAUGGCCUUCACCUUCAUGUACAAGUACUACACACACCCCAUCGCCUGCCACUUCAACAAGGUCCUGCUGUGGGUCAACCUGGGGCUCUGCGGCCUCAUGUCCUUCAUCGCCGUCACGCCGUGCGUCAAGCAGAAACAGCCUCGCUCUGGGCUGCUUCAGGCCUCCAUCAUCAGCUGCUACGUCAUGUACCUCACCUUCUCCGCUCUGUCCAGCCGUCCGCCAGAGAAAGUGGUGUACCAGGGCAUGAACAUGACCGUCUGUUACCCCAGUGUGGGGCAAGAUGGCAUGAAGAACGAGGGCAACGCUGUGGCCAUCAUCGGCGCCGCCAUCAUGUACUGCUGCGUUCUGUUUGCCUGUAAUGAAGCUUCGUAUCUGGCCGAGGUGUUCGGUCCGUUCUGGAUGAUCAAAGUUUAUCGUUACGAGUUCCAGAAAGCGACGUGUUGCUUCUGCUGCCCAGAGGAAGAAGCAGUUGAAGAUGAGUUUGUGGUUGAUGAUGACAACAAAGGCUGUCAGAAGGUUAUUCAUAAUGAGACGCAGCGGGUGGCGUACAGCUACUUCUUCUUCCAUUUCGUCUUCUUCUUGGCGUCGCUGUACGUCAUGAUGACCCUCACUAACUGGUUCAGCUACGAGUCGGCGGUGCUGGAGACCACCUUCACCCACGGCUGCUGGUCCACCUUCUGGGUGAAGAUGUCGUCCUGUUGGGCCUGCGUCAUCCUCUACCUGUGGCUGCUGCUGGGCCCGCUGUGCAGCUGCCAGAACGAGUCCAGGCCGCGCCGCUCCCGCAUCAAACGCCGCUCUGCGUCCUGCCGCCACGUCAGCGUCAGCGUGUGACACCGUCAGCGCCGCCCCAACACAGCCGAACAUGAGCGGAGCGGGUCGGCCGCGACGCUCUGGAGGCCGCUGGCGUCACACUCACAGAGUGAGAGUGAGAGCCGAGCACCGUGCCAGAUGGCUGCACUCAACCACAGUCAGGGACGUGAUUGUGACUUUCAAACUCUCAGAACGAAUUGCCAAAGGGAGCCGGAGGAGAGGAACGUACACUGAAAAAACACAAAAUCUUACCAAGUAUUUUUCUUUACUUUCUAGUGAAAAUAUCUUAGAGCUCCUGAAAAAAGACAAAACUAACUUACAGGAAACAGGAGCUUAUUUAAAGUCAGUAAUUAAAUUUAAUAUUGAUGAAAGACUAUUAGUUAUCUAAGAUCAGGGGAAAAAGUCUAGUUAUGUAUGAAAUAAUCUCCCAGCAGAACUAAUUCUUUUUCAUCAAU